AUGCCCAUUUACGCUCAGCGGCCGCUGCAGACUUUGAUGAUGCCGGCGAGCUCGCGACCGAAGCGGAAGAGUAGGGGUGAUGCGUGCUUGGAGGAUAAUGGAAUAGGAGUGGGAGGAGGGGAUGGCAGGAAGGAGAAGGAGAAUAGUGCGCCGGCGGCGAAAAAGCGACGCGAAGAGGAUAAACUGAGUUCAAAGUCCACUACGACAGCGACGAGUGCAUCUGUGACGGGGAGUACUGCUACCGCUACAAAACCAAAAGUAGGCCUUCUUCUUUUUAUAAUCCAUUAAUUUUUUAAUAUUCUCCUCCGGCAAUUGGUUAGAGGAGGAGGAGGAGGAGGAGGAGGGGAACUACAGCUAUCAGGAGUCUGUUGUGAUUUCUUCCUUGUUUUUAAGGUUGAUUGGGAAGGGGGGGGGGCUGUCAUCGUGAAUACGGACUGAUUGCGCUCUACAGAAGAAAAAAAAGACAGCCGCAACUGAGAUGAGGUUAGAUGAUGGAUUUGCUUAUCGCGUGCGCACAACACGAUCGAGCACAGCGGCGGCGGCAGCAGCGGCGCAGGAGUCAACUCAGAGCAUAGCUUCCUCGUCACAUGACGCUGCACCAAUAGCUCCUCCUCCGGAUCCUCCGCGCCAACGUGCAAAGAAGAAGCGCGUGAUGGUAUCGCCUCCGCCAGGGGGGGUGGGAUCCAAGCCAAAGGUUGCAAAAGCCACGAAAAGCAACGCAAUUCCACUUAAUCAGAACGGCACGGGGGAAGCGGAGGAGGAGAUGGAGGAGGAGGCGGAGGAGGAGGAGGACAAGAGGAAGAAGAAAGAGGCAGUUCCCAAGGCACCCAAGGCAUCCAAGGCGUCAAAAGAAAAAAAAACUGCGCCUGAGGAAAGACGGCCCAAAAUUACAGCGUCCUCGACACCUCCUCGGCUACCCAAAUCGCAAAUUCCGACUGCGGUUGGUGGAGGUCAUGGCCCUAAUGAUGGGACGAAGGUGGUGCUGCCGGUCUCCGAUACCCCAAUAAUACGGAGGAACCAGCAACUGCGACAGAAGGGACAAGGUAAUCGACGAAGCAGUGUUGGGAUGCGAGGAAGGAGAGCGAGCUCUUUAAUGGACAACGGGGUAAUUGGUAUGACAGCGUGGAUAAUCCUUCCGAAUUUGGCAGUUUGAUCUGACGUAUACUCGCCAAAAAUAAUAGCGGAGCCGCAUGCUGAGGUGGAAAGCGAGGAGUUCUACAAACACAUCGCGGAUGAGUUAUUGGAGCCCCAGCGGAUGAAGCAACUACUGUCAUGGUGCGGUAAAAGGGCACUAAGUCACCAGAUUUCGCCACCCACUGCCGGAGUGGACGGGAAUGCCCGAGCUGUAGGUGAGUGUCGACUUUCUUUUCCUCUCUUUCCUUCUUUUUUCCCACAGGGCUAGAUAUGCACGAUUGCAGCUCGAGCACUUUAUGGAGCCGGCUUAAAUGCUGAUACAGUAAAUGUGUAAAGCACGGAUAAUCGAGGAGGAGGUGUUGAAAGACCUUUUAUCGAAUGCCGAGCUGUCGAGUUGGUUCAAUAGGGUGAGUCUGCAUCUGCGCAUACAAUCCCGGUUUGUGGGAAAAUCGAUCGAUAAGUUGGGUUAACAAUUGAGGAUUCCGUCAUCAUAGGACGAUUCCCAAGCCCCCACCGUGGUGAAAAAACCAAAUCCCCGCAAUUUGGAUAAUCUCGCCAAGGUGGAAGAAUGCGAAGCCAAUCUCAAAAAGUAGGUGUGGAGUUUUCCGUCUUUGGAUUUUAUUUUAUUUAUUUUUAUUUGUCGGAGGGGAGUGGUCCCGAUAACUUUUUUUUUCUUUUUUCACCCAUCUUGAGCCCCACCAUGUGGUGUCUUCCCUCCUCCUUUUCGGGAAUUGGGGUUGACUGACUGGCUGACCGACUUGGUGUGGUUGUUGCUCCCUGCAGACUCCGUGAAGAGAGGGAGACGUGGGGUUCGCUUCUCCGACCAGAGGCACAGUCAACGCUAUCGAUCUCCGGGGGGAAGUCGGACGUGCGGCUUUUCGAGAAGUCGCUGCUAAGGCCAGAAGAGUCGGAGUUUGCGAACUCGCUUGCGAAAUCGCAGGAUCUACUGGGAUCAGCGAAACGGCUUGUCAAGCAGCAGUGUGGCGAGAUCGAGUUCCAGGUCGAUCAGCUAAUCGAUGGGAUCCACAAACUCAAUCAGUAUGGUGAAGCAGCGGAUCGGUUGGGCGGGCGAAUCUUGGAAGACGCUGAGUCAACGUUAGCGGUCAGGGAAGCAACGCUGCGGCAAGCUUCCGGCACAGAGGCACUACCAAUACAGGAAGUCCUCAGAUCUCUCUCCCGGAUGGAUCGGUAAAUGGUGAUGCAACUACGGUAUAGUAAAUGGGAUGGGCAAGGGGUGAGGGUCAGAGAGAUAGUAGGCUGAAGUUUGACUUUUUUUCUUCUUUUUUUCUUUUUUCUUUUCCCCUUUCUAAAAGUGGAGUGAAAUAUCAUAUCAUACAUGGCCGCUAUGUUGGAGAAGGAGAAGGGGGAGGUGAAAUGUGUGCGUCUGUGUGACUGGGGUGUGUGAGUGUGUAUGAGAGAGACGGACAGAGAGAGAGAGAGACACAGAGAGGGGUGGAGGGAGUAAGGAAAGGAAAGAUUGUGCAGGGUGGUCAAGGUGGUAAAUGCACGCGCUUUUCUCCCCCCGGAUGAAGCGGGGGCAAGGUGGGGUGGGGUGGGCGAGCCGGAUGUACCGUAUGAUGCGGAGUAUGGACGGCACCAAAGAAAUGGCCAUGCGAUAGCGUGUUUUUAGAGAAGGAAGGAAGGAAGCGGUGUUAUCGAGGGUUAUUUUGUCUGUUUGUCUAUCCGUUAUGCUAAUCCGGCGUUCUGGUCGUUUUUUCUUCUUUUUCUUUUUUGUCUGGAGGGUUUUCCUUUCUUUCUUUCUUUCUUUCUUUCUUUCUUUCUUCCUCCACCGUUGGCAUCGCAAAACCGUUUUAUGUUUUCUUCUUUUUCCUCCUCCUCCU